CUUGCCCGUCCGCUUCCGAGUGGCGGCGCCGAUUGUGUACACACAGCCACGGGGACCAAUGAGAGCCCGGAGACGCCAGGCUCCGCGCGGACGCGUCGACCAAUGGGCGAGCCGGGUCGCCAGACGCCGCCAAGCUUGUGCGGGGGAGAGAGAGCGAUAGCGAAGCUGACAGAGGCGACUGUUGGGGCUGCUGAGGGAGAGGCGGGCCGGCCGGCUGGGCUGUAGAGCGAACGGAGGCGGCGGCUGAGGCCGGUAAGAGCCAUUAGGGUCCGACGACGACGGCGGCGGGACUUACCGGGUCUUUUCUUUUUUAAUGGAGGUGUGGUGCUAAGGCUGCCCUGCCCCCCCCAUCCCCGCACUCCUUUCUCCUCAGAAACCGGCGUCGGUGCUUUGCAGACGGCCGUUAGGCCCCGACGCUUCUCUCGUGGUCUUGAGGCCGGGAGGGUGAGGAGAGGCGGGUCGUGCUCUUUGCCGUCGCCGCCGAGGGCGCUCUCCCUUAUAGAGCUCCGUUGGUGGAACAUGAGGCUCCUUGAGGUUGUGGGUUCGAAACCCACGCUGGGUAGAAGGUGCCUGCAUUGCAGGGGGGUUGGGCUAGAUGACCCCCGUGGUCCCUUCCCAACUCUGCAAUUCUGUGAUUAAUUCUGUUGCCGGGGAGCUUUAUCUCCCUCCCCCCCCCCCACUUCCGCGUCUCCUCCUCUUCCUCCAGCCUUGCGAAUGUGCUUCCCCUGGCCGGUGGUGGGGAAGGGGGCGCGCUCUCUCCUCCGACCCCUGCAGCCCUUCCACGCACAGCCUGUCCUCGCCUUCCCUCGGAUGCCCGUUUGGAUCCACGAGGCCUCCAGAGCGGUGCUGCCCAACCCUGGCGGUCGCGGGAGCCUUGGGCACUACUGCUGUGACUUGGGAAGUGCGCACUCGGCGCUCUGGGCACCCCCUCCCCCCACCUACCCCACCGCCGGUGGUAAACAGAUGGCCAGAGCCUGAUUAUUGUUUCCUGCGAGGCUUGUAAUCCUGAAGGGCUGGGAUCGGAGGUGCAACUGCCCUGGUGUAGGUAACUUGGUGAAAUGUAGAACGUUGCAUGAAUCCAUGAAUAAAAUGGCUGUGGCUAUAGGCUGCUGAGGUUUCCCUCCGCCAGCCCAUGGGGUGCAGAGGCUUGUUGCACACACGCACACACACCCCCAAUUUGGGACUUGGUUUUUUAUUUUUUUAAUUACGCUUCACACCAGCUUCCUUUAUUUUGCCUUGUGCCAACUUGUGACGGAAGUUGGUGCAAUAAGGGCUACUUAACUGCUUUAACUGUUUAGAGACCCGAUUCUAAAUAUGCCUGCUUCAGGAAUGUGUUUCUGUGUUCACUGUGGCCUAACUUUGUUUAGGGUGGAAGUGUCCUUACACAUGUUUUACUCAGAAGUAAAUCCCACUGAUUUCAAUGAAGUUUAACCCCCAGGUAAGCAUAUGCUAGAUUAUUUAUUUAUUUAUAUUUUAAAAAAAUAUUUUUGGGGGGGUUAUUUGCCACCCUUUAUCUCAAGAUCUCGGGGCUUGGCCAAAAUGUUUAUGCAAACCACGUACCAUUCAGAAAAAAUAUGGUAGUGUGCAAAUAUUAAAUAAAUAAAAGUACAUUAAAUCUAUGAAAAAUACACUAAUAGAAGAGUAAAAUAUUUGCCAUUAUUUCAAACUGACCUUACCAAGCCAAAACACUCUUAUCUAUGUUUUGAAUAAAAAUCCAGAAGCAGCUGAAAUGAGAUAGUGAAAUAAUGUCUGUAGCUAGACAUUCUUUUGUGUCUGUGUUGAAGGGAGGAUGGUAAGGGUACUGAGAAACAUGAUUAUGUCCCAGAUUUGCCAUGAGUUACAACCUCAGGCAGUCAGAACUGUUUGUUACUAACCUGGGGUAAGGCAUGCAUGGUGUUGAAAUUCCAGGACUGACAUUUCUAGUGUUUGUCUUAUCGACUGCCACAUUUUAACUUCUCUCAUACAGAAAAACACAAUUAUGUCCCCACCUAAAGGUAAAGCUGGCCCAUAAAUGCUGUAAUAAGUAUUAGCUUGUCAGCGUUUAUACACCAGUUGAUUAGUUGUUACUGAAAACUGUUUAAUCUACAACAUACAUAUUUAGGGUCUAUAGAAAAUAUUAAGCUGAAAAUAUGCAAACUCAUACUACAGGCUAGCUACAUGUUUUAUUUCAGUUGGAGGGGUAAAACUGCACUUUGAAAUCAACUUCAAAAGUUAUUUUGUACAAAACAAGAAAAGGUCAUAAUAGAUGGUGGGGUCACUUUGGGUGACUUCUUGAACUGUUAAAUUCUGUAAGGUUGGAAGGGUGCCGUUAUCGAUAUUGAAACAAUUUAUUCUCUGGUAAAUUUCCAACAGUUCUUCAGCAAAUAUAUUCUAAUGACCUGUUUUGCAUGUAAUGCUAAGUUAUGAUUUGUUUAACUAACCUUGGGUUAACCACAGGUUGUCCCACAGAUGACCAAACAAAGUAUGCCUUGCGUCAUGAAAGCUUGGCUGGUUUUCAUACUACUGUAAAUUACUAGAGGCCUGCUGUCACCAUUGAUUAAGCAAGCCUCCCUUUUCACUGAAAAAAUGGUAUCACUUUAAGGUUUCUGACAAUUGCUUGUCAGACAUACUUCAACCUGCCCCGGAUCUGAGCCACAUAUGGUAUGAGGUGCAAGGCUGGUGGCUGUAGUUUGAGGGAAAUGGUCUUUCAGGCUAAAUUGGGACCUGGGCCAAUGUAAGCCCAAAGUCUGAUGGUUCUCCAUCCCUGGCCUUUGACUAUCAGCCGAGUUGUUCAAUGGAAGGCUGAUUUUGCUCUGCAAUUCAAGUCUCUCACACACUCUAAAAUUUCACUGUUCUUUUUCUCUCUCUUCUCAGCUGAAGAGAGAUUGUUAUGAUGGCCGCGUUCACUUAUGAAGGUAAGCUGUGUGUCUAAGAGAUGUGCAUCAACCACAAGAUUUGGUUUUGGACCCUGAUUUGAAAGACUGGCCACUUCAGUUCAAAACCCUUCAGGUUCUGUCUGAUUUGACUUGGGGUCCAGAUAUGAAUUGAAGUUUGGAAAAAUGAAGCUUCCCACCUCCAGUUCUGUAAGUUGUCAGAAUCUCUGUCUUCAUGCUGGAGGACCUUUACAAGUAAAACAGGAGGGGGUAGUAUUGGCAGAGGAAUCCAUUUAUUAUUUAUUUAAGAAAUUUUCAUACCACUUUACAUGAAUAAAAUUCUUCCAAUCCUGUUUCAUUGAAAAUAUUACCGCUAACAUUUUUUUUUUUAAAAAAAAUCUCACCCCAGUUUGUGUCUGUCCUUUUCCAGAUGAUACUAGCCUGUAUCUCAUAUUUCAAAUUAGAGAAAUAUAUGGACCAUGAUUGUAGAAUUAUGGUCUGAUCAGACAGUUUGGAAAUCUUAUUUCAGAUCGUCACUAGAGCUUUCAGACUGCUUUAGUGGGGAGAGGUCAAGUUUCCCUUUCCAUCAGUCUUAUCUUCUCAGUGUGCUUUACAGCACAGUCUUUUUGCACAUUAAAGGCUAACAAAUAUAUUAUACUGUAAGCUGCAGCUCACAUAAUCAGAUGCAUAAAUGUUAUCAUGAGUCACACUUAUAUAUGCACAUGGCUUGUGGGGGAACUGCUUCCCCUUGGAAAUUAGUUAUGCAUGGACCUUACUAAGGUUUUGGCAUAUGUUAGAAACAUAACUCUUCACCAGGUCUUCCCUGACCACUAGUAUUGGUCUGGCACAUCCCAUCAUUUAUCUACUGUGGAUACUUCAGUUUUAAAAGGUUUGAGUUCUAUUAUUUUAUUGAUAAAUUGCUUUGGAUAACUUUUAAUAUAAAAUGGUAGAUAAAUAUUUUUUAUUAAAAAAUCUAAACAGUGAAGUCAGAGGUAGAUGGAAUGUAAGAAGUAUAGAGUAAGUGAUUAACAGUGGUCAUUUAUAAAAUAAUAAUAAUAAUAAUAAUAAUAAUAAUAAUAAAUUUUAUUUAUAUCCCGCCCUCCCCAGCCAAAGCCAGGCUCAGGGCGGCUAACAACAAAUAAAUAAUCAAACAAUCAAAGAAUCCAACAUUCUAAAACAUUUCAUUAUAAAAAUUAAUUAAAAUCAAAUUAAUGGCAACCGUUAAGCAAAGUUCUGUGCAGGUUGCCAGAGGAGGGAGUCAGGCUGGGCCCUGACCAAAGGCCUGGUGGAACAACUCUGUCUUGCAGGCCUUGCGGAAAGAUGUCAGGUCCCGCAGGGCCCUAGUCUCUUGUGACAGAGCGUUCCACCAGAUUGGAGCCGCAGCCGAGAAAGCCCUGGCUCUAGUUGAGGCCAGCCUAACCUCUCUGAGGCCUGGGACCUUCAGGAUGUUUUUAUUUGCAGACCGUAGGUUCCUCUGUGGGGCAUACCAGGAGAGGCGGUCCCGUAGGUACGAGGGUCCUAGGCCGUAUAGGGCUUUAAAGGUUAAAACCAGCACCUUAAACCUGAUCCUGUACUCCACCUGGAGCCAGUGCAGCUGGUAUAGUACCGGAAGAAUGUGAUCUCGCAGCGAAGACCCCAUAAGGAGUCUCGCCGCGGCAUUCUGCACCCGCUGGAGUUUCUGGGUCAGUCUCAAGGGCAGCCCCACAUAGAGCAAGUUACAAUAAUCCAGUCUGGAGGUGACCGUUGCGUGGAUCACAGUGGCUAGGUCAGGGCGAGAGAGAUAAGGGGCCAACUGCUUAGCUUGGCGGAGAUGAAAAAUGCUGCCUUUGUAUAGCUGUAAUCUGCGCCUCCAUAGAGAGGGAGGUAUCGAAGAUUACACCCAAACUCUUAACGGACGGUGCUGGCACUAAUUGCACCCCGCAAGAGAUGGGAGUUGCCCCCAAUCCCAUAUCGUCCCGUCCCAGCCAGAGGACCUCUGUCUUCGAAGGAUUUAACUUCAACUGGCUUCCACGUAACCAUCCAGCCACAGCUUCCAAACAUCUGGUCAGUGUGUCUGGGGCCGAGUCAGGAUGGCCAUCCAUCAACAGAUAGAGUUGGGUGUCAUCGGCAUACUGAUGGCAACCCAGCCCAAAACUCCGGACAAGCUGGGCGAGGGCGCAUAAAGAUGUUAAAAGCAUCGGGGAGAGUAUCGCACCCUGAGGCACUCCACACACCAAGGAGUGGCGGGAUGACAAUUCCCCCAAGCGCCACCCUCUGUCCCCGACCGGAGAGAAACGAGCGCAGCCAUUGAAGGACUGUGCCCUGGAUCCCCACGUCGGCAAGGCGGUGGUCCAGGAGUUCGUGAUCAACCAUGUCGAAGGCUGCUGACAGGUCUAGAAGAAUCAGCAGCCCCGACCCGCCUCGAUCCAGCUGCCUGCGGAGAUCAUCUGUUAGGGCGACCAGAGCCGUCUCGGUCCCAUGACCAGCGCGGAAGCCAGACUGGAAUGGAUCCAGAGUUGCUCAUAACAUAUCCUGGCAUUGGAAAGCCAAUUAAUGCAUGCAAUGUGGUCAGAAUUCAUUGUCUCAAUUUAGUCCAAUUAGCGAUAACAGUGAAGCUCUUGAUGAGUUGUAAUUCAGCAGUUUCCUGUUGUAUUCUUCCUUUCAAGUAACUUUGUUCAAGGUGGCUUAAGGUAUCUUUCCUGCAUUCUUUUCUUUAUAAAUUAAAAUGUUCUGAUAUCUGAGUAAAUGGAACACAAUAUUUAUACUCCUGGCAUAAAGUAAUUAUUCAAAUAGUGGUUUUUUUUGUUUAAUUGAGAAUGAGAGAGGAGAGCACCAUCUUGAUAUUUCUGCACCAUCAUGUGCAACUUAGAAACUGCUUGCCUCUUGGAAAGUGAGAAUUGCUGUAGUAGUCAUAACAAAGUAAGCUCUUGCUGCACAUGCAGUUCUUUCUCACAUGCUAGCGUCACUACUUUGAAUUUUAGCCAAAGUAUAUCAUUUCAAGGAAAGUUAUUAAAAAUCUUUGUGCAGUUGGAAAGUUUAUUGGGGAAAUUAAUAUAUAUUAUACAGGAGAACAUCUUAUCAGAACAUCCUUUUGCUAUUCUAGAUAUCCACUUGUAAAUGGAGUGCGUCUGCAUUUGACUGCUCAUGUCUGGCACCAUCUCAAGUUUCCUCUGAAUAGUAACAAAGACUGGAGACUUGGUACUGCAGUAAAAGGCAUGCUUCCUUAGUCCAGGGAAUAUAUCGUUUUGGUUUCUGUCUUCCUGGGUAAGUAUUUUUACCUAAUGCAUUGGAUACUUUUUACCUUCAGUAGCAGUUUUAAGAGUUGAACAUAAUGUGCUCAAUAAAUCAUUCCUGAAAGUUUACACAGGAAAAGAGCAGUAUGCUGGGGGAGGGGUGAAGUUACUAUAGUUUGUCACUUAGAGAUUCAGAAUUGGAAUAUGUCAUCUGCAUCUUAAUAAUGUGGGCUAAAUCAGUUAUUGUAAAUAAAAAGUGCUGGGUAUGGCACUAUGUAAAAACAUCUCAAAAUAGUUAUGCCUUAAUGUUUUUAUUUUAAAUUGAAUAAAACAUUUGGCAAUUUAAGAUUUUUCAUUGAGGGGAAAGUGAGCAUAGUAAAAACACUGCCAGCACACAGUGUGUGUUUAAAAGGAGGUUUGGAAGAAGCAAUUUAGUGGAUGGUGUUGAGUAUCUUAAUUUUAACUGGUUUGGUGGACUUGGCUAAUUUGUGCUUCGAAAAUAUUAGCACUGACCUAGGUUAAAUAUUGUUGGCUCAUGAACACACCAGUUGCCUUAUAGUUUAUUCCAAGGCAGUGUGGGUGGCACUAUUAGGCUGGAAUUGAUAUUGUGCUGUUUUACAUUAUUGACAAGAAAUGAGCUUUAAUAGGAGAUGGGUUUAGUGUGCCAGUCACUGAAAAUAAUCCUUGAUACAUGUAAAAUUUGAGUAAAUCUUCAAUGCAUUCUGUUUAGAAGAGCAUGCCUUUCUUAUACAAAGCUUGAAUAUGCAAGUAGGCCUUCUUAAAUUUAAGCAUGAUUGAAUGAUUAAAACAUUUUGAAUUAAAACAACUUUGCAGUUAAUUGUAAUUUUGUAUCCAUUUCAGUUUGAUAAAUUAGUUUGGAUAUUUGAUCAGUUUAAAAAGAAUUGAGUCAAACAUUGAGAAGUAGUGUUUAAGUAUUUAAAAAGUAUUAACUUCAUUAGAGCAGCAAAAGCCAUAUCAACAACUUUAGUAUUUAUGAUGGUUAUAAAAACAAAUAAGAAUGCUUGCAAAAUAAUUAGCUUUUUAAAAGUGUGUUUAUUUAACAAAAUCUAUAUAUCACUUGCUAGAGCAAAGGACCUCUAAGCAGCUUGCAUUAGGCAAUCUGAAAUACUCAUUAAAAUACCAAUUAAAAAUGAACGUUAAAAGCAAGUUACAUAUAAAAAUUAAAAAAUGAAAUAUAGGACUGAAUUCAACUUCCCUAUUAAUGUUAGUGGAAGCCAGUUCAGAGGCUUCAACUAGCACAGUGAGACUACCUCUCCUGUAUGCCUCCCCCAAAUACACUCUGGAGGGCCGGAAGAUCUCCCAGGAUAGUGUGUGGUGGGAGGAGAGGGGAGAUUGUUCCAGCAGGUAACAGAAAUGCGCUAUGUUGACUUCACCCCAAAUUAGUCAUUUAAAAACUUACUUAAAUCAGAUGCCUUGGCAGACUUGUUAUAACAAAACAAUUUGUGGCAGGCACCAAAAGCAGUAUAGAGAAGGCCUUUUUAGUGGCAUCCCCCUGGGCUCACCUGGCAUACACACUGCAAUCUUUUUACCACCAGUUGAAUACUUUAACUCCCCCUCCAUUUUUAUUGAUUCUAACAGUAGUAAUGGCUUUUAGUGUUUUCAGUGUUAACAUAUUCUCCCACCUGGUUAUUUUACUGGUGUGUUAUUAUAUGAAUUGUGACUUUCCUUUCUUUAUUAAUAGUUUUUUAAACUGAAAUACAGUACAAACUAAACCAUAAUAUAUCAAUAUUUGGUCUGUGCAAACAAGUAAGAGGGAGGGAGGUAUGGUUGGCUGUGUUCUAUUUGUUUAAACAUCUGUGUAAGGAGUCCAAAUAUCGAAAGAACUUCCCACCUUUCUUGUUAUAGAAGGUCACAUGUUCAUAUUCUGCUAAUUGAGUCAUGUUCACUGUCCACUAUGAUUAGCAGUUAAGGCAGACUUCUUCCACUGUUAAACUGUUAGACAUUUGCCCUGGUGGCUUUUCCUUUAUUCCAAUUGUUUAUAAAGGAAAGGGGGUUUGCAGUGGUUUUUAUAACUGAAUUCUUUAUAUUUCAAAAUAUAUCUAUCUGUUGUUUGCUAUAAGUCACUUAGAGGCUUCUGUGUAGUUGGUGCAUAAAUCUUAAUUUAUUGACUUAAAAUUAAUAUUGUUAAAAUCACUAAAAAGUUUAGGAUUACUGCUUUUGUUCAUUAGAAAUGCAUUGACUUUCAGGAUAUAUUUUUGAUCUGCAUUUCUAAUCAAAAUAUCAGAUAAUUUAUAAAUCACAUAAUUUAUAACAGAUUAAUACUCCUUUUAAAGUUUUGUAUCUGGACUUCAGAACCUAAAAACACACAUGAAUUGUGCUGCUUCUCAAAUAAAAUGUUGACUGUCUGAUUUUAGGGAUUUGAGUAAAAUCAAUAAUGGUGCACAUUCCUGUGAAAGGUAGUAACUGAGGUGGUGGUUGUCUUUAAGAAAAUAAUAGAGGAACAGUUAAAUGAGGUAAGGUAGAGUGUAUGAAUAAGAUAAUUGAUCAGAGGUUUGUGCCAGUAGUCAAGAGCCCUUAAACUUGGAUAGUUUCUUAUUUUAAUUUUGGUAUGCUGUAACUUCUAUUGCUAGAAAAUAUUCUAUCCUUCCAGGGCUGUUCCUAGGAGGUACGGUGCUCAGGGCAUAUCACAUAGCAUGGUGUCACCAUUGCCUUCCUCUCCUUCUGCCUCUGCUACUUCAUCUUUCCUUCAUGGUGAUGGUGGCAUGCCCCAGUUUAGCUGCGUCAGCUUUUCUCCUUUUUUGCUUUUGCUGCUACUUGGGCAGCAGCAAGGUCCUCCUCCCACCCAGCCUUACUCUAGGAAGGGAAGAAGUGGAUGGAGAGCCUCAUCAUUCAUUCAUUCUAUUUCAUUGCCACUUUUCACUCACAUCACAAAGCGGCUUACAUACAAUAAAUAGCAACAUAGUAGAACAUCACAAUUACAACAUAAAUCAUAUUAAAUAAUUAACAAAUAAAAAUAAAAUUAACAAAUCAUCAGUAAAGCAGCCACCUUCUAUGAAACACUAUUAACAAAAGAACUUAUAUUAUAAAAUUCAUCAGGUGCAUGAGAGGUGAAAGGAAAAGCUACGCAGCACAGCUGCUGCCUGUCUCCACGGGCACAAGUCCUGGGUAUGGUCACCCCAAUUCUCAUACAGACAGAUCAGGUAGCCCUGCAUUCUCUCCUCCAUUCUGAUGCUACAACCUUUAGGCAUAGAUUGUAAUUGUACUAUGUGUCUUUAUUAUUAUUUUUACGCACAAACUAUUUUUGAUGAAGAAGUGUUUUUGUUUUUCCUGCAGGUCAUUAUUAUUUACUAACAUAAUAGAAUUUAAAUAUAUAUAUUAAAUUAUGCUGUUUGUGUUCUUGUUCUGUGAACUAGUUUCUCAGACAACUGAAAACUGAAAAAAAAUUGGGCUCUCAUCUUUUUAAAGAUAUAGUGGGUGAUUCCUUUGAGUUACUCUGGUCUGUAUGCAUGCCUUAAACAGUUGCAUUUAAUCAGAUUCCUCCCCUUCUGCAUCCUUCGUCAGACUAUUCAUCCCAUGCUCAUUUCUCUCUCUUUUUUGGUACACUUUCAGGAGUUCUGACGUAGGCUUUAAGACACAAGAUUGAUUUUUCUCCCUUUAGUUUUUUGACUUUUUGCUUUUAUUCAUUCUUUCAGUGCUUGUUGUUUUUCAUGCCUGCUUCUUGUCUAUACUUCAUGAGGAUUUCCGGAGAUAGCUCUGGGAGGUGAUAGUGUUUCCAUGACUUUCUGUUUCCCUAUGGUCUGAUGUUACAAGUUAACUGCUGCCUGGCUAGGGAGUAAAGCUUCCUUUUAUAGCUCACAAGGAACAUCUAGAUACUAAGGAACUGUUAGAUCUAAAUUUUGGAUGAGAUUUUAUAUCAGAAUAAUGUCUGCAUACAAUUACUUUCCUCUUACAAAUCCUAUUACAGAAGGUUUGUAGUGAGGCCUGUACCAACUGAUUAAAUAAAUCUUAGAUUCAAAGGCAAAGUGGCCGGUGAGUGUGUGUCCUUCGUUAGGGUAAAAUGGAAAAUCUAUUCAUAAUAAUACCUUGUGUGGUGUUGGUUUAACAUUCUAUAGAAAACAUGGCUUUCAGCAUUUAUUGAAGACAUUUGUGUUCACCAAUAAAACUUCUCUUAAACCAGGUGCUUCUGCUUGACGGAUCAUGUUAUAUUGAAUUUAUGACCUUCUGGUAAUUUCAUGGCAAAAGACUGGUAACCUAAAUAAAGAAUUGACCUCAUAUCAGAAUAGCGAACAGAGAAUCAACAACUAAAGAACUGUCUCCUACAAUGGAUUACAUACCCUUUCUAAAUAGUGAAGUAACAAGGACAAGCAUAGAAAGCCUGUGAAAGGUAAACAGAUCCAAUUUUUAACUACUGCUGCAACUGUCUUCAAGAAAGAUAUUGUUUAAUAUGAUAUGUACGCUACACACGCUUAGUCAACAGACUGGUUUGCAGAGUUCCAAGUAUGAUACAUUAGUUAUGUUUUGCUAAGACUAAAGAACAUUGAAUAUUCUAUUGCAAUCAGAGCAGAAUUGCUGUAAAACUUCAAGUGAGAUCUAUUAUUGUUAUUAUAUUUAUAUCCUGCCUUUUCCCCAUACUGGAACUAAGAAGGGUCUGCUAAAAUAAGGUCAGGAGAAAUAUAUUCUGGUCAGAUAGCAAUCAAUAGAAUUAAAAUUAGAACGUCUCACCAAAUUGCUCUUUGCAUUUCAUUAUGACUUCCUGUCAUAUUCCAGAGGAAUAAUUUCACAGUAUGUUAGCCAAAUAGCUCAUAUUUUUAAAUCACUUCUCACCUCCCAAUCCAACUAGGAAAUAUAUAUACAGUAUACAUUGUCUCUCCUAAUUGGAUGACAAAUCAUAAGUUCUGAUGGGCAUUGGUGUGCUUCAUUUCUUCAGUCUACUUGUUGAAGUUGCACAUACACAGCCCUGGUCAGAUAAUUGGUGAUUGUGCCAAGAUAAGUUGGGUUUUGGGGAAGGUAUGGUUUGUACUGAAAUUGUUUAUGUUGUAUAAGCUUGCCUCUUGCUGAAACAACAUUGUUUUGCUCCCAUAAGUGUGAAAGUAACUGUGCCCUGAUUAUAGGUAAAACUUUGGUACUGGGCACCCUUAAUGCUCUCCUUUGAAAGGGAAGUCUACCUUUACUUUUCAUUAGGGUAUUUGCUUUGAAUGGGUAAGAUGUGAAAUGCAGUGAUUAUUGUUCUAUGCGAGAUCUUCAAAAAUAAUAAGAAUCUUUAAGUUUUCAAAUGCAGAGGUUUCCUAAAGUUGUGCCUGUUCCUCUAUGCCUUUAUGUCUUGAAUGGGAGGAAAAGAAAUUGUGUUCAGAUAAUGUGAAUCUCCUGGCCCUUGUCUUCUCAAACAAUAGGGACUGAACCAAAGGUCUGCCAGAACAGAUGGAGCUGGCAUGAGUGGAAUCUCCCAAUAAUUAUGAAUGCAUGAGUAUACUCCUGUCUCAGGUGGUCUGCAACAAAUGAAGAAUAUAAGCACCACCUAUCACUGCCAGAAAGAACCCUUUUCUUAUGUUUGUUUUCCUCUUCCCUCACGAUGCAUUUCAAUUAGAUUGUGAGCCUGCAGACAGGGGUUGCUUAAUCUUUUAGUCUUUGUUCAUUGCUUAGAAAAUGGUAGUCAUGUUAGGAACAUGCUGCUUCACAUUUCUAGAGCCACUGAGUUCCAUGAGGCAGUGCUCAUUGUCUUUGGGUUUUUUUGAACCAGUGUUAUGAAUCAAUAGCUAACGUUGAGUUUGAAUGUGUGAAAACAAUUGCCCCUCUGCUCAGCUGCAAAGCUCACUAGGUGGUCUUGGGCAAGUCCCUAUAUCUUCCUCACCUGCCUCACAGAGUUGUGAGGGUAAAUUUACUUUCUGUACUCCUUGAAGGAAAACUGGGAUUUAAAUUAAAAAUACACAAUGCCUUUCUCAUUUCUUGCAAUGUGUCUGUUUCCUUAACAGCAUUUUUACUGGCAUGCUUACAUGGCAAAAUUGUUUCCAUAGCCAUACUGUUUUCUCUGUAGAAAUAAUACUGAUGGUUUUCCUUUUUUAGAAAAUAUUUCCAUAAUUGCACUACCAGUGUAUACCAUCAACUCACCAUCUAAGAGUUUGCCAAAAACAUUUGCACCAAUAAAUGUGAAUGUUGAGCCCCAAAUGGUAAGUACUGUUUUUCUUUCACAGCAUUGCACUGUAGAAACUCAUGCCAGAUUUCCUUUCCAACUGACAGCGUACCAGUACUCUUUAUUAUGAAUAAUGUUUGGUUUAUUUUUUUAAAAAAAACUAUUUGUAAGCAUUAGUUGCUAGUAAAAGUUUAGGAUUCUGAAUAGAGAACAUCAUAAUUGGUGCUUAAUGAAACAUUGAUUUCUAGGCAUGCCAUGUUGAAACACUAUUUUGAAAGCACUGGUAUGACUGCUAUUAAUAAAUGCAGUUCUGCUGAUGUUCUGGAAUGAUACUGAGCUUGUUGUGCAGUCGCACUUAGUGGUUAAACUGAGAAACAGUUACACAAUAUUUCCUGCUACUCCCUUGCAAUAGUUUCCUUGCUUAGUGUAAACAAAUGUCCAUUGUAUGCUUGAUUCUUGGCAAAAAUCUGGCUUUUAACAAAUAAAGUUAAUUGGUUUAGUUCUACUUGUAGAAACAAGAGCAAAAAAAUAAUACACAUGACUUUUUUUAUUCCACUGAACACUUCUUUCUGUAUAGCACAAAAUAUUGAUCCAUGUCUCCCCUGCAAUUUCCAGUCUAUUACCAGAUUAUUUUAUCUUUUGGUAGUAGAACCAGCAUGUCACUAGCAGAAUUUUUAGCACCUGUCUCUAUAAAACUGCAUUGUGUAGUGGAACAUGGUAAUAUUUGAAGUUUGUUAUGCAAUAAUAUGUUAAAUGCAUUUUAUGCUGUCACUUCCACUCUGACUAUUGUUGGGCAACUUAAAGGCUACUUUUCUGCAGUUUGAUUGUCAUACUCCUUAGUUCAUAGUCCUUUGUCAUCUAACCUAAAUCACGUUAAUGACUAAAUAUGCUACUAUGCUUAAGCAUUUAUUUUAAAGAAAAAAUGUGGUGAUCAUGCAUGCUGUCCAUAAUUCUUAAAGAUCUGAUCGGGCAUCAAAUCAAGAUUUACUUUUGUUAUCCAAGAAUGUACAGCAACUCCCUCAAUCAGUGAAUCAUCCUAGCAGAUGGAAUUGGCAAUUUUUUAGACCAGACAUUCUUAGCAAAUAAAGCCCAUAAAAGUGCAAGUUGGUAGCUUUUACAACGGUUGUGGUGUGACAUGGAGAAAAGAUAUAAGCUAAUAUGUACUAUGGUUGGCUGUUCAGGUGUGUGCAUCUUUGACUGAGGCUCAAAACAGUUUGAUGGAUUUGGUUAAGAACUUCACUUAAUCCAGAUCCUGUCUUUGUAGUGAACUGCAAGAGUUGUCCUGCUGCAACUGGCAGCUAAUUUGGAGUUUAUAGCUCCUGAAUGUGCAGUACGGUGCAGAAAAUAAUUAUAUCCUGCUUUUUUAAUACUUGUUACCUUAGCCCUGAGUUUACAGUGAUAUUUAGGUUACCAAAACAAAUAAAGGCAUUCCUGAAUGGUAAAUUGCAGGAGAAAAAGUUGAAAUUAUUUUUAAUUUAUAUACAGAUCAAUGCCAAAAUAGGCUUCUAAGUUGUUUACAUGUAUAAAAACCAAUCACACAGCAUUAAAAUAAAAACAUCCACAAUUAAAAUACAUAAUAAAAGAAUCCCAUUAAAACAGAAGGCUUGGGUCAAAAUAUCAAGGAAAUGCCUCUGUAAGCAGGUGCAGUUUCAAAAUAUACAGGAUGCCAAUACAGAUGGGGCGUCUUGGUGUUUAGCAAGGUGUGUGUUCUGUAACACUAACGCCACCAUUGUAAAAGACCACCACCUCAAGCCAAUAAUCAUUAGGCCAUGUCAAAACUAAAUAGGUUCAGUUUGUUAAUUGUUGUUCCCUUACUGGGCAACGGAGGGGAAAUAGGUCUUUCAUGUUACAUAUUCAAAGUUUCUAGUUCUGCUGAAAGAUACAUCUGUUUUCAGCAUAUAAUUUUAUACUAGUGACCUUGAAUGCCAGUUUUAAAACCUAAAAUGUUACGCAAUAAUAGGAAACUUUGAAGGUAGCUGCAGCUAUCUUGUCUUUGAACAAUACAUAUUCACCUAAAAUUUAGUGGCAUUAAACUAUGAACUCUGGUACAGUAUCAAAAGACUGCUAUUUCUGGAUAGGAGGGAGAAGGUCUCAUCCCUUCAGAUAUGCAUUAGUCAGCAUCAUUGGAAGACCCUGUGUUCUAGUCUUAUGUGAUAAGGAGAAAAACUUACCCAUCCACUUUCUGCAGACCAUGCAUAAUCUUACACAUCUCCAAUAUGUCACCCCUCACUUACCAUUUUUUUAACUAAAAAGGCCCAGACAUUAUAGCAGUUCUUGAUAGGGGUCUAGCUUCAGCCCUUGGUCAUCUUAGUUGCCCAUCUCUAGUUCUACACGGUUGAGGCAUGUCACCCAGAACUGUACACAGUAUUUCAAGUGGUAUGACAGCAUAGAUUAAUAUGAAAGCAUAUGACAUUGAUAGACUUAUUUUCAGUCAUUUUCCUAGUGAUCUCUAACAUUGAAUUUGCCUUUUCACAGAUGCCACACACUGGGCUGCCACAUUAACUGAUCUAUCUACCACUAACACAACAUGAGAUAUUCAGUGCCAUGUAAGGGAUAGCCCCCACACCACUGCUGGAUUUCCAUCUUCACAACUGUUUUUUGUUUGCUUGGGAAACUGAAAGCCAAGACUACAUUUUUUGUUGAUGAGAUACUCCCCCCCCCCCACCACUAGCUAGGUCUGACCUAUCUGAUGCAUCAGUGUAGGACUGUAGGUUAGUUUCUAUCUACUUUCCUAACUUGGAAUUAGUCUAAGACUCAGACUUCCAUCCUCUGCUUCUGUUACCCUCUCCCCAUUAUGUAAGCAUAAAAACUCAAGAUGCCCUUGUUGGACUGUUUUGGUAUAUAUUUUGCAUCUGGGGAAUCCUAUUAGUAUGAAAAAGCUGCUGCUUUAUUGAUGACUGUUCUGUUCAAGGAAACUGGUGCAGGGAGAGGGAAGAGACCUGCAACAUAAUGUGUACAUCUUUGUGACUUCUCUGCCUCUUUCUUAUCUCAGUCAUUCACCAAUAGUUGUGGAGUCGUCGUCCUCUUCUCCAUAGUGCAGUCAUUUUUGAGGCCUGCAGCAAAAUGUGUUGUAAGGGGUGUUUCUACCCUCUUUGGGCACCAAUAGUAUAUUUCAUUGAGUUACAGAGGACUUGUAUACUUCUCAUGUGCCAGUUUCUCUCUUAUUUUCAUUUAAAAUUAUCAUAGCCCAGCAUGGGAGAAAGAGAGCUUGUAAGUGGCAUGCUCCCAAUCUUCUGAGCGCAGUUAAAAGAUUGGAGGUGUUACAUCUGCGCUGGUUUUAUAGUAAGCUGGCAUUGCCUGGCUCAAAAUGUUCAAAAUGGUUUUGUCUACUUUUGUUCUGGUUUUUGGGUGAGCCCUUUCAAGUAAUGAACCCUAUUGUCUGCAUUUUUAAAAUUUUUACAGUAGAUGGCAGUAGAGUAGAGUUAAAAGAUACCGCAACUAGAAACUAACCACUAUUCUUGUAUUCAAAUAAAAUACAAAAUGUAGCAUUCUUAGUCUAUAGUCUAUUGCUUCACACAGACUGUAGUGAUGGUAUAGUUAGUACUGUAAUACCAAAUAUUUAAUAUUUCAAUCAAUAAUAUUUAGUCUUGAAAUGGGAAAGCUUUGUGUGCUGUUUGCAGGCAUGAACACUAGAAUUUUUUGUUAAAAUAUUAUUAGCACUUCUGAGCCAUGUUUUAAAGGGGCAUGAUUUGUGACAACAGCUGUAUAGUAUACCAAUGCAAGGGUGUGUUAAUAUGUUCAUUUCUGAACUAUUCAUAGAUGUGUGUCUGCAAGACCAGGGUGUGUACAUUUGCAACUCUGCACGGUAUUGUAGAGCUGCAGAAGUGGCUUCAUAGUUGAAGCAUGUUGUGUCUCAGCUUGAAAAGUUUAGCCAUCUUAAAAUCAAAAGGACGUACUCCCUAUUAGAAUGACAUUUGGCAUGGGGGAUCUGCCAAACUAACAAAACUUAAGUGUAAUCUGAUGAAGGCUUGAGUUUUGCUGCUUAAAAAUUUUGCUUUGAGUUUUGAUUACAACAUUAGACCAGAAUAUAUUUACUACUUUCAUGGCAUGGAAGUUAAGAUGGGCACCAUAUAAGUUUCAUACUGUUUUGUGCAUUAGUGAAUUUGUUAAGCCUUAACUGUCUCAAACUGAAGCGCUUUUAGAUCCUAGAAUUCCAGUUUGUACAGGCCUAUGUCAAGGUUAAUAACUAAGUGGAUGAUACUCAGAUGAGACCUAAUGGCAUAUCGCUGAACAUUGUUUAUUUUUCAUCUUUCAAGAUUGCUGCUGAACUCUGGCCCCACAAAAACUUUUAUGCAGCCAGGCCCAUAAAUAUGCUUCAUUUGGUUACUUGUAGUUUAGCAUAAGUUUAUAUGCAUGCCUAAUUCUGUUACAUUUGUGGUUUUAUAUUCUUUGUUUUUCUCAGUUGAAAAUAUGUUGCCAUACAGAAUGAUCUAAUCUCCUUACCUUAAACCAUCAGUAUACAUAUUUCCCCCCCAAAAAUGCUGUGAACGCCACUCAUGUGAAAGAACUCUACAUUCUGAAAUUUGGCUUGUUUAGACAAUACUUUGCCUCCGGGAGGCAACCAUUGUUUGAACAGGCUCACAAAGAAAAAUCAGGUUAUUACACAAUUUUGUGUUUUCAUCGUUAAGGAAAAUUGCAAGGAAGUGAAUUGUUAUCUUCCUGUCUUACCUAACCCUGCUUAGCUAUUUCAGGCCAGGUGUGGAGGACCUGAACUCUGUACAGAUUUUGAAUUGAACAUGUGUUGGGGUUAGGGCCUGAUGGUAGGAUUCUGCUCCACCACCUCCACAUUCGAUCUUGCUAAAUUAUUCCUUCUACUCAAGUAGAGCACUCUUCUACUAACAAAUUUUUUUAAUAUAUUUUUAAUUCACUGUAAAGUGAAUAAGAACUGCAUUCUUAAUAUUUUUAAUAUUCUUAAUAUUUUCUUGGCAACAUUUAUUUUAACAUUUACUCUUGGGAAGUAGAAAGAUAUUGUUACAACCCAUAUUAUGGUUAAGAAGAAUUCAGUUUCCUAAGUCAAUAGGACAGAGCAUCUUCUACUAUCAUGGAUUUGUGUGUGUUUUGAUUGGCAGUUCAACAAAGAGAAGGUGGCCGCUCAAUAGGACAGCAUCUGGCUGACAUCAUGCUGACCUUGUUGCAAAAGUUUCUUAAGGGUGUAGCCAACACUGAAAACUCAUGCUGUGUUUAUAGACCAUUUGAUAUGGAAUAGAGAGAUGCAUGGAAAAUGUAGACUUCCUGUUUAAACUAUGAAAUAAGUCAGCAGUGCAGUGCAGCAGCUAACGGGACUAAUGCAAUUCUAGGUUGCAUCAACAGACAUAUAGCAUCCAGGUCAUUGGAAGUAAUGGUACCACUCUGUAUUCUUGAAAUGUCAGUUUAAGAAGGAUAAUGACAAACUGGAACAUGUCCAGAGGAGAGUGACAAGAGUGAAAGAGCUGGAGACCAUGUCCUGUGAGGAAACACUGAAAGGCGAUACAAUGACCAUAUUUGAAUGACUCACCCAUGCAUGAUAUUGUAAUUUGUUUUACAGAGGGCAGUACCCAAAUCAAUUGUAUCAAAAGGAUUUAGGCUAAAAAUUAGGAGUAUCCUCUUGCUGGUAUGUUCUGUUUGACAGUGGAAUAGAUUGCCUUGGAGAGGCUUUAUUCCUCAACAUGAUUUUUUAGAUCUCUUCCAACUCUGAUUCUAAAUAUUAAGAGUUUAUCCCAGCAUCAUUAAUCUCUUAGCACAGUCCUAAGUCUGAAAAUUGUACACUUCCACACUUUCAUUGUGUAUUUUUGAGGAUAUAUACUGAUACAGUGGUACCUCAGGUUAAGAACUUAAUUCGUUCUGGAGGUCCGUUCUUAACAUGAAACUGUUCUUAACCUGAGGUACCACUUUAGCUAAUGGGGCCUUCCGCUGCCGCCGUGGCACCGGAGCACGACUUCUGUUCUCAUCCUGAAGCAAAGUUCUUAACCUGAGGUACUAUUUCUGGGUUAGCGGAGUCUGUAACCUGAAGCGCCUGUAACCUUAGGUACCACUGUAUUCUGGUUUAAGCUCCAUAUAAGAUGUAUUUUAUUGUUUCUGUGUUCAGGUUUGCUUUGCAGAGUUUAAUUUGUUCUUUCUCUAAUUUCCAUAGAUUAUAAGCACACCACAAAGACUGACCAAUUCAGGAAGUGUUCUCAUUGGGUGUCCCUACACCACAGCAUCAGCCAUGGUCACACAGAUGCAUAUAACUGAAGCCACUGGCUGGGUUCCAGGGUAAAUAAUCCGUUCUUGCAUGUUCAUUCUGAGUUCCAUGUUUUCUUCAUAAGUUAGGAAUUCUACUUAAUGCACCUUUUGACUUUUGUAUGCAAACAUGUAGCCGCUUGACUUUGGUCAAGCUUCAUUAAGUUACAUAAUUUAUAUAUGGGAUGAUAGAAAUAAUGGAGACUAUUUGCGCAAUUAAAACAAGUCCUUACUCCUUCCUUAAAUUUCUGUUGUAUGUAUAGCAUCACACUUGCAUAUUAGAGAAGUAUGCCAAUCUGGAAGUAGGGCUAAGAAAAGGCUAUUCUUUUAAAAUCUAGUUUGCCAGUGUAAGUUUCCAUUGGUAAGCAACAAAAUGGGCUGCUGUUGCAUAGAGCUUUGCUCUUCAUCAAGAAGUUAAGAGGUAUUUUGGGCCUUACUAUGCAGCUAUUCUGAACGGUUUUGAAGCUGUGCUAUUUAAAACAUUUUAAAUAUUCAUUGUUCAUUAGAAUGGCAAAGAUUUUGAUUUCAUGCUGAUAAUAUAUAUAAAGAAAUUGGAAGGGGUGAACACUUUGAAUUUAGCAGCUGGGCUUGGUUUAUUGUGAAUUUUGCUGAGUUGCUUUAUCUAUUUCCACUCUUUUUAGAAGCUUGUAAGAUCUAUAUGGUGCUAGAGAUAGUCUUAAUUUUUGGUAACUAGAGAUAUGGUUGCUGUAACAUCAUCUGCUUUUGUUUGCCUAAGUUAUCCAAGAUCUCUUUAACUUGCAGGUAUGGAAUACAGGAAUAUAUAUAUAUUUUAUAAAAAACCCUCUAUCCUUUAGGGCACUCAUUAUCUUUCACCUUCACUUCUCACAGCUAGCUAAGAAGCAGAGUAAACAACUUCAGAAAGCUAUCCACUACAACCCAAAGGUCUCACUCCUGGUCAGUCACUGCCACUUCAGACCCUAUGAGCAUAUAUGUGAAAUUGAUAUUCUUUUUGCCCCUACAUGCAUCACUUUUCACUUGCAUACAUUGAAUUGCAUUUGGCAUUUUAUUGCCCAUUCAACUCAGUUUCGAGAGAUCCUUCACAGCUCCUUUUUGUUAUUGCCACCCGGAACAAUUUCAUAUCAUGAGCAAACUUGACUGCCUCACUGCGUACCCCUAACUAAAUGAUUUAUGAACAAGUUAAAAAGGACAGGUCCCAAUAUUGAUCCUUGAGGGACCCCACGUUCUACAUCUCUUCAUUGUGAGAACUGUCCAUUUAUUCCUACUUUGUUUCCUGUUUCUUAACCAGAGGACUUCUCUUAUUCCAUGACUGGUGUGAUCUUGCAUCAAAAGCUUUUUAAAAGUCAAAAUACAUGUCAGCUGGAUCACCUCUAUCAUAUGCCUGUUCACACUCUUAAAAAAAAUUACAGGUUAGAGAGACAGGACUUACCCUUAUAGAAGCCCCACUGGUUCCACUAUGCUUGGUAAUUUUGUCUUUGACAAUGCUUUUCUCUGGCUUUUUGGUAGUGGAUCAGUGAUUUCACAUUUGAGUUCUUUAAGAACUUUUGGGUGGCAGCCAUCCAGAUCUGGCAACCUGUCAUUUUUAAUUUUUUUGUCAAUAAUACCUCAAACUUAGUCUUUUAUCUCCACUAUUUGCCGCAGUUCCUCACACUGUGAAAGUUAAUUUCAGCACAGGGAUCUGCCCUAUAUCUUCCACGGUGAAGAUAGAUGCAUAUAAUUCAUUUAUCCUCUCCACAAUCUCCUUAUCCUACUUCAAUACACCUUUAACUCUAUUGUCAUCCAAAGGUCCAACUGCCUUCCUAGCUGGUCUCUUGAUACUAAUGUAUUUAAAUAUUUCUUGGUUCGUGGUUUUCAUGUUUUUAGCAAUGUGCUCCUUAAUUAUCUUUCGGCAUCCCUUAUUGUCUGUUUGUAUUUAUUUUGCCAAAAAUUGUGUUCCUGUUCAUGUCCACAUUUCAACAAGACUUCCAUUUUCUAAAGGAAGUUUUCUUGUCUCUAAUGGCUUCUUUUAUGUUGCUCAUUAAUGGCACAGGCACCCUAUUAGCCUUGGUCAUAUCUUUUCUUGAUCUGUGGUAUCUAAUUUUGUGGUUUUAAAUAACUCAUAAGGAUUUUGGAGAAAUCCAACCCUCUUGACUUUCCUUUUCAACUAAAUAAUCAUGAUAACAACAAAUUUUCUAUACCACCUUUCAUCCGAGGAUCACAAUAUAUCUUUUUCUUUUUCUUUUUCUUUUUCUUUUUCUUUUUCUUUUUACCAAUCCCCUCAUUAUCAAAUGUGGCCAUGUUGGAUUUUCUUAGCCAUUGUCCAUUUACAUAUAUAUAUUGAAUAGGAUAGCUUCAACAAUAUUUACAUCUAUACUAUCUUCACCCACAAUGAUUUGGUAGAGAAGCCUUCCUCUUUUGUGAUUUCUAGCUUAUCAGAUUGUAUGUCCUCUUCCACAGACAAACACCACUUCCCCCAGUGUGACCUUUCCUUCCUCCUUAUAGUGAUUGUAUCCAAAUGUUUCUGCGAAAUAAUAAUAAUAAUAAUAAUAAUAAUAAUAAUAAUAUAUUUUUACCCCAUCCAUCUCUGGGUGGCUCCCAACAGAAUAUUAAAAACACGAUAAAACAUCAAACAGUAAAAUAGUAAUCAUGAGAAGGCCCAUUUCUUUGUGCCACACAGUUGAGUUCUCUCGCUUAUGGCACAGCUAGUGGGGCCUCUUCUAAACGUCUUAGUAAUCAGAUAGGUCUAUAUAUAAGAGGAAAGGUUCUCUCAGGUAAAUGGUUCCCAAGUUGCUUAAGGCUCCAUACGUUAAUGACAGGUGCUUUAACCUGGCUUGGUAGCAAACUAGAGGCAGUGCAACCCCAUCCAGAACAGGCAAACUACCUAACACCCAUUUACCCACAGCGCCUUCCAGUCAAAGAUGUGGGAUGGUUUCUGAUAGUUGGAGCCAGUCUCCUGCUGCUGCUGCUCUACAUAUGAACUUCUUCUUUUGGGCUGGUUGUGGAGGAUAAGCAAGCAGAGUGCAUGUGUCUGCUUGUUUGAAUAACUCCCUUGCUCUAGGGGCAGGACAAGGAAAGCAUGUUGGGAAGAGAAGCACUGCCAAGACCCACCUUAGCUAUAUAGGCCCUGCAAAGAUGAAAACAGGAAAAGCAGCAGGAGAAACAGCUGCUAAUCUGGUGCAGUCUGCCCAGGUCUUGAGCAGGCAACCAGCAGAGGAAAAUGGUGUCAUCUUCACCACUCAGGCUUUUCCUGGUUCUCGGUUUUGUUUGAGGAUCAACCACUUUCACAGUUCAUUGUAUGGACUGAGGACCUGGUUGUUUCAUCUCAUUUUUUAAGAAAUUGAGGAACUAAUACAUAUAAUCGGAAUGCAACAAACGCAAUAGGAAACACAAACUUUUAUACAAGCAUAUAACAAUGUGAAUGAAACCACAUAUCCUCUUAAAAAUCUGCUUUAAGAGAGAACUAGGGCAGAGUGUGUUAUGACCAGUUUGAGAACUGAUGUGGCCAGUUUGUUCCUGUCCAGGUCCCUACAAGAGUUCUGCAAAAGUCAGAAAAGGGCAAGAGCUGUUCUAGAGCUACUCCCGGCACCAGCACCACAAAAGGCAGCAGAAAUAAUUCUCCAGCUGUUUUAUCAUCCAGUUCUUCUACCAGGGUUCCUUUCUUAAGAACUCUUGGGACUAUCAAAAUUUCUCUUCCAUUGGCCUUCUUCCCUACAGAGAAGUUAUUGCCCAUUUUUCCUAAUAAGAUGCUCAUUUAGUAUGUCCAGGAAGGCCUGCUGAUCAGCCCCCAUUCCCCAGCAAAGUUUCAGGUUCCUCAGCUAGAGCUCAGGAAGAUGAUCAGGGAAUGAAGUUGAAGAGAAACAACAUUUCUCAUCCCAGCAAAACUCUUACAACUGAAUGUCACCCAUUGGUUUUAUUUCUAUAAAUUCAUCUAAAUAAAAUUAACUGUUUAACCAAGGGAUCACUUAGUGGUGUACACUGAAUAAUUUGAAACAAUCAAUGUACAAAUAAAUUCCAAUUUAUUUAAGUUUCGUCAAGUUGCAUUCCCCUAGGGGCAAUUACAACUAUUACAAAUUAUGCUCAAUAUAUUUGACUAGCUUUAAAAAUGAAUAAAGCAAGUACUUAAAAUAUUUAGAAUAGGUAUAACUUGUGCUAUGAAACAUUAGUACAGCCUAAAAUCCAUAUUUUGAUAUGUGCUGUUUUUUAAUGUUUACAGGGAUAGAAAACGAACUCAAGACUUUAUGGAAUCAGAUUUUUCAGAAAGGUUUGUAUCACUGCUGCAUCCUGAAUAUGCUGACCUUUGAACUUGUUAGCAAGAUUUCAUUUCCAUCUCCCUGAAAUAGUUCAGUUUACUAUAAUAGACCAAAUAAUAUUGUCCUUUGUUGUACUUGCACACCUAUUCUAACAGAUUGUCUGGCUCGAACUAAUAACUAUCCGGUUGUUUAUAUAACUUGCAAAAUAUUUGGAAAUGCAGUUUUGUAGAGGUGAUAAGAUCUAUCAUUGACUUUUGGUGAGAAAAAUCUAGUUAAAUCGCCAUGUGUUUUUCUGCAGGCACAAUUCCGGUAAACGUACUUCAGUGCUUUAUCAGUCACUUCAGGGCUACACUUGUAAGACUUUAUAGCAAUUGAAUUUUACUACUUGUAUAUAGGAAGUGAAAGUGAAGUUAGUGACGGUAAAAAAAAUAUGUUAGAGUCAUAGUAGAGCAUAUGCUUUUCAUGUCAAAAGGUCCCAGGUUCAGUUCCCACCAUCUCUACUAGCAAGUCUACUAAGCCUCUGCCUGAGCCUAUGUGACUAUAUGGAAACUUCAGGUGCAGGGGCAGUAUUGCACUGAAUACUGGCUGCUGGGGGGCUGUACAGUAGUGAUAGGCUACUGACCUCAUGCUCUGCCUGUUGCCUUCACAGUCUAACUAGUUACUAACAGGAGCAAAGUUCUGAACUAUAUGUACUUUUGAUCUGACCCCACAAGGUUUUCUUUGCCGCCACAAGUAAAAAAUGGCAAAUACACCAUUUGAUUCUAUUAUAUGUGAGUUGUAAGCAAGUAUACCAUUGUAGAAUUUCCAAAAAACAUAGAAUCAUAUCCCCAGAAGAAAAACAUGAGCUUGAAAUGCAUUGGAGCAAAUUAUUUGAUUUGCUGCUGGUUUUUUGGUUUGAAAAUGAUUACAUUUCAGAGUAGGUUCUUCUGCACUUCCAAAAUUCUAGUAAACUAGCUAGAUGGUUUAAUGUACUGUAUAAUCUUUGCAAAGAACACAUUCAUAACGUAAACACAAAGCAGUAUCUUGCAAGAAAGAGAAUGAAAUUAAAAUUGCAUGGCUGAUUCUAGCAUUAUAAAUUAUUUAUCAUAUUUUCCCAAAUAAACAUUUUUUCCAUAUACUGCACCUUCCAGCAAACAGAUAGUGCUUAGCAUGAAAAAUCUGUGAUUGGUCUUUGUUGUCAAACUUAAGAUUUGAAUUUUUCUUCAUCACAGUAAAAGAAGCAGAAAAGGAGAUAAAAAUGGAAAGGGUUUGAGACAUUUUUCAAUGAAAGUAUGUGAAAAGGUCCAGCAUAAAGGAACAACAUCUUAUAAUGAAGUUGCAGAUGAGCUGGUAUCGGAUUUUACAAACUCUAAUGGCCACUUAGCUACAGAUUCAGUAAGUAGAAAGUAACAUUCAUACACAUCUAAUAUUUUGCAACCCACUUGUUCCUCUAUAAUCAAAUUAAAAUAUUAUGUGUAAACUAUUAAGGGCUUGAGGAGACCAGUGCUCUUUCCACCCCACCCUCAAUUUUCUUCCCUACCCCACUUUUGCUGAAACACUUACCAAUCUAUGCCUCAGCUAUUUUCAGUCAUAGAUUGACAUAAUAAACUUGUACAGUCUGUCCGGCUUCAGUUUCCUCUAGAGCUGUCUGUCUGUCUCUCUCUGAUUCAAUUGCUGUCAACAUUCUGUAAGCCCUGGGACCUCACAUGAGCUUGUUAGCCCAUUUUCAGCUUUUGAAUCCCUCCUCUCUCUCCCCUACACCUGCCCCAUGAAUUUACAAACUUGUAUACUUUUGCAGUUCUUGUGACUCUUCGAAGUAGAUGGGAACCAUUCCCUUAUUUUGGAGCAAUCCUAUUUUAGCUUUAGACUAGCUGCUGUUGUGAAAUCUUACCAUUAGGAAAUUGUGAUUGUGAAAUCUCAUGGUCCAAGGGUGAGUAGAGGAGCGCUCCUCUCGCCACCCAUGAUUGCCCUGCCAGGUUCAAGGAGCAGAGUGGCUGCAGCUCUGCAAGACCUGUGAGCGGGGGAGACAUGAUUGUAUGGGGAGUGAUGAUGCAGGUGGCAGUGAGGUGGCGGGAGAUGUAGCCACCUUUUGGAAGCUUCUGCUGAGCCCAGAUUUGAAAAGUAUGAGCAGAUAUAGAAAGGGGAAGAAUGCAGCAGCCACAGAGCUUGGACGUAUUUAAACUGCUUUAAUAUUCAACAUCAGUUGACGUGUUAGCUUUCUCAAUUUUUCAUGGUUUAGUCUAGCAAUCUAUAGAUUAAAACAUAUGUUUUAUUGCCCUUUCAGUCUGUUCAAAUGUUGCCUUAUGUUUUUAAUAAAAAAGACAUGCUUAUAACGUGGCAUUUUCAAAAAUUCAGUACUCUAAUAAUUCUGUAAUCAAACUUGCAAAUGUUGUUCUUACGGCUAAUUAGGUAAUAAAUUGGACCUCUCUUGGCCCCUGUUCAGCUUUGGAUAUAAUCAAGGCAACUUUUUGUAUGAUAUUUUUCCUAUUUUGUAUACUUUUUUCAAUUAUGUAGUUCUGAGCAUGUAAAUACUUAGAGACAAUAUUCACAUUAAUUUAUAUAUGCCUUUUCCACAUUCCUGUGGAAGAAUAUGAUAUAUGUAUGUGAUUGGGAAGGAGAACCACCACUGGUUUGAUAUUGUAUAUAUCUUGGUUUUCUACAAGCUUUGCCCGUAAAUAUUAGUUAUAGUGUUCACAUUAAUGUCCUGCCUGCAGUGAAACCUUUAUAUGCAUUUUAAAAUGAUUUAAUACUGUUUUUCAUACCUGUAGUGAGCUGAUGAUAUAUUUAACAGUAUUGCAUUUUAAACAGGUUUAUGAUCAGAAGAAUAUUAGGCGGAGAGUUUAUGAUGCCCUCAAUGUAUUGAUGGCGAUGAACAUUAUUUCAAAGGAGAAAAAAGAAAUCAAAUGGAUAGGUCUUCCUACAAACUCGGCUCAAGAAUGUCAAAACCUUGAAGUGAGUGAGGGGUGUAAAAUUUAUAUUGGCAAACAUUGUAUUUUCUGUGUAUAAAAUGGAGAUGCAUGAAUUCUACUUUAAGUAGAGUGAUUCUAUAUAAAUUAUGAGUAUGAGUGCUAUCUGUGUGGGCCCCACACCAACCAAAAAAAUAUAGAAGUUUAUUAAUCUUUACAUACUGUUUUUAUAGAUGCAUAAUAAAAUCUUAGUCUUAAGAAAUAUACUGUAAACUGCUCUGGAAUAUUAAUUUUAGGGCAGCUUUAAAAGGAAACUAAACAAUAAACAGUAACUUCAAAAUAUAAUAGUUUUUAUACCUAAGUCCCAAUCAGAAUUGCAGUGUUCUGGUUAGCUGCCCCAUGUUAAAGUAUUGUCUCAUUUUUAACUUCAACUUUGCUGACUUCCCUACUUGAUUGAUGCAGCACGAAAGGUUCUGAUGGCAUCUGAAGUGCAUCUGACGAUUUUGCAACAUAUGUCCUAUAUGCUGCGAUUCAGGUUCCCUAAAACAGUCAUGAAGCAGUUUCACCUUGGCCCAGAGGAAAAGACACUUCUGUGUAUUUAUCUUCUGUUUUGUAUCUUUCUUUUCAUAUUUGUAUUUAAGAUAGAGAAACAACGACGUAUAGAACGUAUAAAACAGAAGAGAGCUCAGCUGCAAGAACUUAUACUUCAGGUAUAUUUUUCAAAUGUAUGAUACCACUUAAAUCCAUUGGGGGGAUGUUCAGCUAACUCACAGUAGGCUUGUUGAAAUUAAUGGACCUAACUUAGUCAUGUUCAUUAAAUUCAGUCAGUCUACUCUGAGUAAAACUUUGUUGAAUGCACUGCAUGUUGUUUACUAGUGUUAAGUGGUGUGGUGUGUAUAUAUAUAUAUAUGUGUGUGUGUGUAUAUAUAUGUGUGUGUGUGUGUGUGUGUGUGUGUGUGUGUGUAUAUAUAUAUAUAUAUAUAUAUAUAUAUAAAAGCAUUUUUAAACUAGCAGAGUACAUACUUCAAUGUUUCCUUCAGCUGUAAACUAAAAUAAGUUUGCCUUUUGAAAAGCAGCCUGUCUCAUAAUACAGCAAAUAAAUGUUCAAAGGAAUCUGUAACAAACCAGUAUGAACACAGAAGUCAUUCCCUGUCUAGCAUCACAGAAAAUCAGUGACAUUUUCUGAUUUAACCUACAUUUGUUUAUCAAAAUCUGCAGUAAUACUAAAAUUUAAGCUUCUCAAUGCUUCAUCUAAUACUAAAACAAUUCUCAUUUUCUGACACAAUAAUCUAGGACAGGUUUUGUUACGUGUUUUAAAAUUUGAUAAUUUUCAUUUCCUUCUACAGCAAAUUGCUUUCAAAAAUUUGGUACAAAGAAAUCAACAAAAUGAACAACAGACUCAGGGUGCUCCAGCUUUAAAUUCUACAAUACAACUGCCUUUUCUAGUAAUAAACACAAGCAAAAGUACCGUCAUAGAUUGCAGCAUCUCUCCUGACAAGUGAGUGUGAUAUGAAAGUACAUGCUGUAGUGUUGAGUGCUUUUUUAUUUCUAAAUAAAAAAAAAUCAAUUUGCCACCAGAUUUUACCCAUUUCUCUCCCAAUUCAUGUUGAGUUUUUUAUGUUUGGUCCACCUGAUGAGGAAGACCUCUGUGUUGAAACGCUUUUGAUAUUGUAUAGGAUUUGACCUGCUAAGAUGUUGUUAUCAGUAUAUUGGUAUUUGUGAUUAUUUUUGAAAUAAAGAUUUUUAAUUUUUUAAAAAUAGCACAUUUUCCCCUUUCACUUUGUUUUUGGCUGUUGGUCAUGCUGGCCAGAAGGCACCACCACACUUACUGUGGUAAGCAGAAUUGUUGACGCCUGGUUUUAUAUUCAAAUUUGUGUUAUAAAAACUUUCAUAAUAAAGCUGGCUAACAACAAAGUAUCUUGUUUCUGGAACAGCUUCUCUAGUAGCAAUUAUAAGCUGUCCUAUAAGUUAUUUUUAUGAAUUUUAUACGGCUAAAGGACCUAAGUAGGGAUGAAAUACACUUAAAAUGCAUUUGGUGGGCAGGAAGGGGGGCACUGAAUUUGAGUGAGGAGUUUGUAGAUGACCUUUAAAAUCCAUUUGGUUUAGUACAAGAAAAGAUUUUGGCUUAAGCAAGAUUUCCCCUCAACUUUGAAUCUGUUUAAUGAGGGGGGAAAGUUUAUGGACUCCUAUUGCCUCGCAUGGAAAAAGUGUUUUUAAUUGGGGAAAUAUAAUAAUUUGUACCCUGCUGAGAUGGCAGUUGACCAGAUGCAAUCAGAAGCACUUUCUGUACCUAGUUAUGUUUUAAAUAUAGCUUUGACUCAUGAAGUAAUCCUGCAAGUGUAAUUGUAUUUGGGCACUUAUUAACAUAUAAUUUAGAAAAUGCAUCUAAGCUGUACUAGGAAAUCUCACUCAUUUUCCCCCUCUUACAGAUUUGAAUACCUUUUUAAUUUUGAUAGCACUUUUGAGAUCCAUGAUGACACUGAAGUAUUAAAGCGAAUGGGAAUGUCACUUGGCCUAGAGACAGGCAAAUGCUCAUCGGCAGACCUAAGAGCUGCUAAAUCACUAGUGCCUAAAGCUUUAGAAAGCUAUGUCACAGGUAAGGCUGUGGUUUUUGCAUGUUGCUGAUUAAAUGCAAAUCCUCACCAUCGUGAAGAAUUUCUAAUGAUGUUAGACUGCAUGAAGAUGGCAAUACUGAGUGAUUUAUGAAAGUUGGCAGUAUUGUACAAACUAAAUCACAGGUUUAAAAGUAGUCAUCUGCAACUAGAGAUUCCAGAACUUGUAAAUAAACCAAAGUGCUUGAAUGGUGUACUAUUCAAAGUAGUGCCAUUAAUAAUUCCUGCUGUCACCCUGCUAUUUCAAACUAAGGGAGUGUCUACAUAUUUUUAAAGUCCUGUGAAAAAGUAUGCUGCACAGUUUCAGUAAAGGUAUCUAGCAAAUGUAUUGACGAUCAAGGGGCUGUUUCUGGCUACAGAAUCUCUCUUAGUGGAACGAUACUUGAAGUGGCUUGCUACACACAGUCACAAAAUAGAUAAGCUAAAGAACCACUUUAAACAAUUUGUGACAUAGGCAGAGCAGAUUAUGUUAUACUUUAAACCAGCCUUCUCCAAUCUGGUGCCCUCAGGAUAUUGUUGAACCACAAUUUUCACUGCCCCAGACUAUUUGCUUUGCUAAGGGGCAGCAGGCACACCAAAUAAGGAAUAUUAUUGUGGUCACCAAGCCUUCUUUAAACACAAAAUAGGUUGCUGCCAAAAAGGUGCCUGGUGCUCAUCACCCUGAAAGUGACAGGCUUUCCUUCUUUGAAAGGAGGACUGUAGAGCACAGAGGGAGUCAUGUGAGUAUAUGUGAGCUACUCUUGGAAGCUGCUCUCCAACCCCUGCAUGCUGUUCCGGGGUUUUCCUCGAAACCCCCCUAUGCCGAAUUUUGCAGCUUGUUGAGAGGAGAGUGGGAGAAAACCCCAUUGUGCAAGUGGCUUCCACUGAUGAGAUUGGCUAGGUGAAUCCCAACCCAUUGUGUCCCCAGAGAAAUUUUCCUUGUUUAGUGAAUAUAACCACAUUUUUUACACUAACAUAUGCAUAAUUUUUUAGAGGAACACAAAACAUAUUUUAAAGCUGCAAAUGGCAAAUCUUAUGUUUUGUCUUUCUUUUCAGUGAUAGUUUCAAUAUUUCUUAGGACUUUUGAUUGUCCUUAUGAACAGGGAGCAAUAUGGGGAUUUAUUUUUUUUAUCGUUCUCUUUGCAAACAGCUAUUUCAAAGGACUCCUAUCUGUUCUCUUAAUCAUAACAUAAUUACGCAAUGUAAAGUUGUGGCUAGAUCUGUCUAAUCUGCAUAGUUACAGAAACCAGAGGCCUAUACAAACAAAGUAUCUGAUUUAAAUGUGUGUUGUACAAAUUUUCAGGGAGAGGUGUUGUGUUCAUUCCUCUUUAAAAGUUAUUCGCUAAUAAUAUCUUGAUGUUCUGAGCCUCUAGGUCUUGCAUCUUUGAACAUAGAGAAGCAAGCUUCCAACUUUAAUCACACCUAAACAGGAUUUCCAGUAUCCCAAAUGGCAACUUUAUUCUGACAGUCAAUGAGCUAUUGUAUUGUUUAAACUAAAGCACCAAAUUGAACAUGGAAAAAUGGGAUGUUGUAGAGUUUGCUUAUACCAAAACCCCAUAAGUAGAGCAGUAAUAUUGCAAUGAUUUCAUCAUCUGGAUCUCUAUAUUCAAGGGUAUAAAUACUUCAAUUGAGCACUUAUAUUUACUCAUGGAUGCUUGAAUAAACUUGAGAUGUUGAAUGUUGGAUAGUUGAACUUGCCUCUAUUGUAUUUCUCCCAUCUUCACUGUACUAUCUAGAAAGGGUUAAUGAGUGAACAAGCUAAGAUAAUCUCUUAGUUCCAUCUGUCUGAGUGUAUAGAGGGCCUUGUCUUCUGCUUUAAAAUUUCCUGAGCUAAAAAUAAUGCCAGCUUUAAUUUACCACUGGUACCAUUUUACCAGUGUACCUGAAAGAUUAACUUGCCCUCUUGUUGGAACAGCCAAAGUACACUAGACCCAUGCAAAUAGUCCAUUGCGCUGGCACUUCAAAGACUCUCCAGAUAAUUUGCUACACUAGAUCUAUGAUGUCAUUUUACAUUUAAAGGGAUUUCCCUUAGAUAAUUAGGGGAGGCUUUAACUCAAAUAGUCACCUAGCUUGUUGUAUUUUUAAGUUGAUCAGUCAACACUUUUGUUCUCUAAAAUGCUCUGGAUGAUUCAGCCUUUCCAGGUUGAAGUUUGUUUUUACCAUGCAAGAACUAUCAAUCUAGAAAGCUAACUUGCAUAUAUUUUUGAUAGGCUUAAAGAUAUCCCCCCCCCCCAAAAAAAAUUGCCUAGCAUGUGGGACACACCACUAAUAUGAUAACAUGGGAAACAGAACAGAAAGCCGGGGGGGGGGGGACGGUGUGCAAUAAACUCAGAUCAUCAAACUCCUGUUUGCAAGAUUCAGGCAUUCCUACUUGGCCAUAACGGAGAGAAGCUGGUGCCACUUCUUACUAGAAAUAGACCACAAAAUAACAACUAGCUUUUUAUAUAACGUAUAGCUAAUUACUUACUUUAUCCCCUCAAAUACUGUUUUUCUGAGACAUUUUAAUACAUAUUGCCCUUGUAAGCAUAUAUGUGUUUCAUACUGGUAACAUACCAAGUACUCUACAGAAAAUAGACAUGUAUGUCUCUGCUCCCAUUGCCAGUCCCUAAACUCUCACACAACAUGAGAAAAGGAUUAGAUGGUGCUAGGGAAGAGACUGAGCCACAUGUAUCCCUUCAACUUCAAAAGGCUUGGUGGAAUCAGUUCAAUGACUGCAGAAUAGACUAAAAGGUGAAAUUUUCAAGAUUCCAGACAUGGGCAUGCCUCAAGAGAAUAAAAAAGUAUGUUCCUGUACAGGAAAAGUAUUGACCAUUUGUUGUUGCAUGUUUACUCCACAUACAUGUUAUGUGUUGAGUUGUAAUUGACUAAAUGCUUUCUUUUAGAUAUGUCUACAGGAAUUUACUGCUUGAACCAGGGGCUAGUUUUAAAUUCAGCUCAAGCAGGUUCUGCUUUGGCCACAGCUGGGAAUACUGCUCUUUUUAAGUCAAGGUAAGUAAGUGGGACGCAUGUGGCGCUGUGGUCUGAACCACAGAGCCUAGGGCUUGCCGAUCAGAAAGUCGGCGGUUCAAAUCCCUGUGACGGGGUGAGCUCCCAUUGCUCGGUCCCUGCUCCUGCCAACCUAGCAGUUCGAAAGCACGUCAAAGUGCAAGUAGAUAAAUAGGUACCACUCCGGCAGGAAGGUAAACGGCAUUUCCGUGCACUGCUCUGGUUCGCCAGAAGUGGCUUAGUCAUGCUGGCCACAUGACCCAGAAGCUGUACACUGGCUCCCUUAGCCAGUAAAGCGAGAUGAGCGCCGCAACCCCAGAGUUGUCCGCGACUGGACAUAACUGUCAGGGGUCCCUUUACCUUUUACCUAAGUAAAUGUUGAAUGGAUGGCUUCUUUUUAUGUUAUUAAGAAACUACAAUUGCCUUCUGGGAAAAGUGAGCCCCGAGCCUUUAUUUCUUGUUAAAUUCUCCCAAGCAGAUACUGGGUUGAUGCUCUUCAAGUCAAGACACCCUGAUUUUUGUUACAUCUCUGUUGAUCACCUUUUGCUAUAUACAUUUCUGAAGUAAUCGCUGAACUGUGAUUGGGGUUUAAGAUUAAUGUGUUCAUGGGCUUAAGAUUAAGUAGGGUUCUAGAUUAGGAUGACUGGAAAAAGUGAAAUUACUUAUUUAAAGCCACAGAUCCCAUUUUAUGAAGGAUUUGCUCACAUACGCAUGGACAUCACUUUCUCCUUGGUUGAUUUACUCAUGAUUUGAUAGCUUUUAUUAGACCAAUCAAAAUACCACAAAACAGUGCACAAGCUUUCUAAUUCUUUAUCAGGCUGCAUGGUAAACAGACCUGAAGGAGUGGGAGGGAUCUUGGCCAAUGCAACACUGAGUAUGCAUCUGGUGAGGAGAGUAUUAUGCCAGAAUUUGGGAGGAGGUAGCCUGUGUUCAGAUGAGGCCCUUUAUAUGCUGUAGACUUCAGAUUGCAGCAAGGCCUGCUGGCAACAAGAAUUAACAAUGGCACAACAUUAGAUUAGGUUUAGCAUUCUAGUAUUCUGUUUGAAAGUUCUGUCUGUAGAAACUAAACAAAUCCAUAAUGUCUUAAUCACACAUGCAACACUGAGAUUGAUUCUAAUGUUGAGAUGCAUACCUGCAUGUGUUAACCAAACCUACAACAGUACAUCUUAGAGGAAUGCAGUUUUAAGUAUCAAGUUGUUAAAUAGGAGCCAGUUCUCUCAAGCAGAUUUUUUUGCUUCUUUAAUAGUGGAAAUCCAGGGUUGUGUCUAGAUUCUGAAGUGGCCUUAGCAACAGGCCAGCUGCUGGCUCCCAGCAGCCAACAGUCCAGCAGUGCAACAUCACACUACUCAGAGUCACGUGGUGAAACCCCCUGUUCCUUCAAUGAUGAGGAUGAGGAUGAAGACGACUCUUCUUCACCAGAAUAAAGGCACACUAGUCAUUUGAAAUACACCUCUUGUGCGCUUAACUCUCUUUACAUAGUUUUCUUCCACGUUUUGCCUCUUUACCCUGUGCAAUUUUGUUGAAAUUUUGGAAAAGUGUCAGAGACAGGAAGCUGCUUAUAACAAGGCACAGUACAUUGUACUACUACAGAACAAGAAGAGAGGAUGAUUCAGUGCUCAUACCUAUGCACAUCGGAGAGAAUGUAGAGCCCUUCAAACAAGCAAAUGACCUCUGGUGUGACAGUGUUCUCUUUCAUUUGUACCCAAAUCUCAUCCAGAGGCAGAAUGGAUUUCUUCUCCCUGCAACAUGUUAAUUCCAUACUUAAACAGCACUACAGUGACAGACUGUCUGCACUUCCUGUCAGGACAUUCAUUUACCCUAGGCCACUUCUCAUGCAUGGGUUGUUCCUCUCCUGUAUGCGUGGAGGGUCAGCUCCUGUGUUUUAUGUAUUUGUGUUUGUAGUCCUCACUGCCAGAAAGAAGUUGGAAGUGGUCCUGGUAGCUUGGUUCCAUAGGGGCCUCCUGGAUCCAUGGUGGACUCCUCUGUAAACUGCCAGGCAACUUGAGGACCCUCAUUAAAGUUUGUGACGGGUAAGAGUGGGAUGUCCUUUCCCAAUAAGCUUUGAAAGGCACAUGGUUAGUGUGCAACUCCACAUCUCCCCUUCUGGGCCCAUAUACCGAAUAAUUGAAUUGGCCCGCAUUAAUUUCCCCUUCACUAUUAGGGGAAAAAACACCUUUCAGAAAGGUCAGAGUGGACAAUGCACAAUUUUUCUUUUUAUAUCAUCAUCUGUUGCCUGCUUCAUUUCCCUUACAUCACAUAAGAUGCUAAUUAACUCCUCUGCCCAAUUGUCAAUUUUUUCUCUCUACAGAACACAGAUAUUUAAAACCACCGUGCCUCAUAAGACUAUGUGAUAGGGAAGCUAUUGAUGUUUUAUUCCGGUUGGAUAGCUGUGUGAAGAAGUGGUAUACGUUCACAAAGAGACUUGUGUUUUCAGCUUGAAAUCCUCAGUUUUAACUAUUCCAGAUUUAGUAUUUCAUUAGGUUAUCAUUUUCCCCUUCUACUGUCCAUUAAGCAGUGAGACAAUGCUCACAGCACACCCUGUGCUGCUGCUGCUGUUUUAAUUUAGAAAUGAAGAAACUGUAUUGAAGGAAUUUUUAAAUUUUUAAAAGAUGACAGUACAAAAUACUAAGAUUUUAACUGAUAUGUGACGUUCCCUCACACUUUUUAAUGGAUAAAGGAAGGUUAAAUCAUAGCAAAACUUUUCCCCAUAGAAUCUUAAAUUACACUCCUAUGAAAUCCAAGCAAUUUAGUUGACAAGUGUGUUCUGAAAUCAUAAUAAACUUGCUUUCUAAAUGUCUACUAGACCAAUGAAAUAUUAUAAAUUAUUUAAAUAAAAUACAGCUCUCUAGAGAGAACUAAAAAAUGAUUUUUUUUGAAGAAACUUUUGAUCUCAGGUUUUAAAAUGAUCUAUGAAGCCAUAAUAAUCUUUGCUGCAAAUCAUACAGUGCUGAUAGGGAAAUAAGAAACUGGUAUCUUCAAGUGUAACAAUGGAUGUGAAUAUAUGAAUACCGUAAUCUAAAGAGGCUUUUUACUUUGAUUUUGUGUGUGUGUUAAAUGAGGCAGCUUCAGCUGAAAGUACUAUGAUCUAAUUUUGGGGAAAUUAUAAAGAAUGUUUUAGAGAAGGUAUAUACUAGGUUUUUUAACUUUCUCAUGGUAGGAGAUGCAUGUCUUUUUAAUGUGGAUCCAUCCAUUCACUGUAAACACAAGGAUUGGGGGAUAAGCUCUACUUAGUAGCUUAUCUUUCCAGGUCUUUUCUCCCAGUUGGCUUUUAGUACCAGAAGUAAACUGGUUGGGAGAAAGGCACUUGAGGGAACAAGUUGAGGACAGGAAGAAGGUCUUGUGAGAAGCUUACCUGCAUGCUCCUUUGGCCUUUUAAAUCACACCCCCAAUUCCCUGCAUUACAAAAAAUUGCAGACCCAUGUUUAUAAAGCUGCUGUUCUACCUUGAUCAUUUCAGCCUUGUAGCAAAUCUCUUUCCUCCCAUUCCACUAAACAACACACACGCACAAACCUGGCAUCACCACAUUGCAUGCAUAUAUUUAUGAAUCUAUUCCAAAGUAGAUUUGUAUGGAUGCAUGGACUUAUUGCCAUGUCUUAAGUGCAUAAUACGGCCUAUAACCAGCACAAUUACUUAUAAGCAGUUUUAGGUCUUAGACAUUAAACAUAUUUAAGGGAAAGGGCGGGGAAAUUUUGGCCCACCGGCUGUUGUUGAACUACCCUGACAGUUAGCUAUGCUGGCUAGGACUGAUAAGAGUUGUAUUCCAACACCUGCUAUAGUGGAGGAUCACAACUUCCCCAUCUCCCUUUUAGGGCAAUACAUCUUGAAGUGAAUGGUUACCUGAAACUAGGAUGGCAGAUUAUGUGGUUCAAGAGGAUGUUUCCCUUACAUAUUUACAGAGACAGUUCAAAUUCUGUGCCAGAGAGAGUUUCAUUUCAUCAUUUCUCUUGUUCGUAUUUGAAAUGAUUUACUGUUCUGCCUCUAAUUUAUUCUGGUUUUGUUAGAGAGAGGCACAAAGUUAGGAAGGGCACCAUGGCCCUGCCUCAGCCACUGGAACUCUUGAUCCGCAAGAUCCAAGCAGGCAUUUAUCCACAACUUUCAAGUAUGUCAACAUAACUAAAAGGGCUGCAAACUUGCUGUUUUGUGUGUGUUUUGAUGAGAUUUUUGCAAAGCUGAAUUUUGUACCCCAGAACCCUAUUCUGAGAUUUGCCCCACAGAUGCGCACACAUUUUUAUGAAAUUGGAGCUACACAUAACUCUGCCUACAUUUGUUCAUCAGAGUCCGUGGGAAGCUUUUGUGUCAUUAGAGCUCAACCCAGUUCUGCAAAUAACAGCACUUUCAUGAAGCAUGUUCCUCACACAGCAUAACAGAACACUGUUCUCCUGCUCUUCCUCGCUUAGUGUGUGUGCAUGACCACCAUGCUAGGUAGGGUGUUACAGGGAAUGAGAGAUUAAUGUUUCUUGACCAAGAAGAUGGGGGCAGGUGGAUGGGACAGUGAUAUGCAAGGAGCUGACAAGCAUCUUAUUCCACAUUAACAGCAGAUGGGAAAAGAUGGGGUUCUGCAAUGCCUUUUAUGGUUCCUUCAUGUCAAGUGCUGCAUUCAUAGUUCAUAGUAGGACUAGAGUGAACCCUUGAGAUUUCAUCACAUUAAACUGGCAAUCUGAAUUGGGAGAAGGGAAGAGAGAAAAUUCACAGUAACCAAAGAGGCUGACCUUAUGGCAUGAAUAUUACGGAGCACUUUGAUUGUUAUUCUUCGGAACCAGUUUUGGAGGGAAAUGGUUGAAUGGUUGGGGAAAGUUCAGACUUCUUUGAAAACAACAAAUACAGGAAAAUCAAUUAAAUCAAUAUGGAUGUUCGCAAGUUAUUCCCUGCCUUUGUUGUAGUUGUCAAAUUUUGCUAUGUGGGUACAUACAGAAAGUAGAAGUAAAUAUGAAAGAUCCUUAAUGCUUUUAAACUGGAACCACAAUGCAAUGUUUAUAUGCAAUGUUUAUGUUUUGUGUUUGUGGGAAAUAUAUGUUUCUUUGGCAAAAAUGUCUUAAUUAAAACAGGAAUUUGCAUCCUGCAAACCCACUAUCACUAGCACAGGUGAAAAUAAAAUAGCCAAAUCAUAUUUGGAGUAGUGGUAUUUCAGUGAGUCUAUUCUGAGUAUGGUUGGCUUUGAUGCUACCCAUAUGAAUUAAGCCUGGCACAACGUUAAGUUUCUUCCUACCAUUUUUUAUGAACUGCAUAGUGUUGUACACAUCAAUAAAUGUCUGGUGUGCACACCUGAGCAGAAUUGGUUCAAGAUUAUGAUCUGAAAAGUACAACCAUUUUAUUCCACCAGAGAACUUCUGACUAUGUCCUCCUAAAAGAAUUUCUGAUGGCCUGAAAGCAUUCUUGUCUUUACCAAAACCUUGAUAGUCUCUUUUCUCCAAAUGAUCUAAAAGCCUAUUUAUUUCUCACCACAUCAAUAUGCCAGCAGCAGAGAAACUUGUCAGAUGAUGGUAAUGAUUCAUGUGGCAAUGUUGUACACACAGAACAGCUGUGUCUCAAGUAGCCUUUGUGUAGUGAUCCAAAUAUUUAAACCAACCCCAGCACAUUGCAGCAACUUUAGUCUGUAGUUUGUAAAUGAACUUGCAGAAGAUGUAAUGUUCCAUGACUUAGCUACCAGAUAUUUUAAAAUCUGUUUUAUGCUAUUUUGUAGAGAGGCUGGGUUUUUCUGCUUGUGUUUGUUUUUUUACUACCGCAUAAUACAUAGUUUGUGUGACUAAAGUGUGAAAAAUGUGGUAGUCUUGUGUAUGUAUUAAGAGAAAGAAGGCAGACGCAAAGAAACUCUUACACUUUAAGACUGUUGCUACUAGCAAUGUAAUAUGUCUGAUCUAAUAGAAAAAUGUUACCUUGUAGUAUAUCACAUACUUUAUAAAAAAAAACACCAUUAUUUUUUUAUGGAAAUUUUAUAUAAGAAUCUAUUUCUGCAUAUUUCAAGUGAUCUUGUAUUUUAUUAAAGUGCUACAAGUAAGGAUUGUGCAGAAGAGUGCAAGUAUUUGCAUCUGAUUGAAAUGAAAAGCAUGCAUACUUUGAAGAAAAAUAAUAUCCUGCUGUUUGUGACCUGAAAAGUAAAGCUAAACUGUAGAACAGAAUAAAAUAAUUUAAAGACAA